AUCUAAGGUGGUAGAGGCCAGUGAUUCUCCAGGCCGCUUCUCCUAGAAAAGUCAUCUUCUCGCGAACCUUUAAAGUCCCUGCCUCCGGAGGCACCUCAAGGGACUAGGACUGACUGCCUCAUCUUUUUCCUCCUUCCAAAAGUCCCGUUUGCUAUCAUGGGGAUGUACCAAGUGAGACGGAGUAGGGGGACCGAGUGGUGACCGGCACGCUGGUCACUGGCUGCUGCCCACUUCAGCGUUAGCAAACUUCUAGCAAGAUCGGAACUGAGUACUAAACAACCUCUACACUUCCCCCGGGCGCCAUUCCAGGGCCGGCGCCACAUUCCCCAGUGGGCGCGCAAUGGCCGCGCCCCCUCCCGCUGCGGACGGGUCUUUUGGUACAUGCAGUCCGAGGUCGCCAUGGAUCGGAUGAAGAAGAUCAAACGGCAGCUGUCAAUGACACUCCGAGGGGGCCGAGGCGUAGAUAAGACCAAUGGUGCCCCUGAACAGAUAGGCCUGGAUGAGAGUGGCGGUGGCGGCGGCAGUGACCUUGGAGAGGGCCCCACACAUGCUGCCCUGGGGGAACCUCGCUCUGGACGGGGCCCACUCAGCUCUGCACCAGAGAUUGUACACGAGGACUUGAAGAUGGGGUCUGACGGGGAAAGUGACCAGGCUUCAGCCACGUCCUCGGAUGAGGUGCAGUCACCAGUGAGGGUGCGCAUGCGCAACCAUCCCCCACGCAAGAUCUCCACUGAGGACAUCAACAAGCGCCUAUCACUACCAGCCGACAUCCGGCUGCCCGAGGGCUACCUUGAGAAGCUGACCCUCAAUAGCCCCAUCUUCGACAAGCCCCUCAGUCGCCGCCUCCGCCGUGUCAGCCUGUCUGAGAUUGGCUUUGGGAAACUGGAGACCUACAUCAAGCUGGACAAGCUGGGAGAGGGUACCUAUGCCACCGUCUACAAAGGCAAAAGCAAGCUCACAGACAACCUCGUGGCACUCAAGGAGAUCAGACUGGAACACGAAGAGGGGGCACCCUGCACCGCCAUCCGGGAAGUGUCCCUGCUCAAGGACCUCAAACACGCCAACAUCGUCACGCUACACGACAUCAUUCACACAGAGAAGUCCCUCACCCUUGUCUUUGAGUACCUGGACAAGGACCUGAAGCAGUACCUGGAUGACUGUGGGAACGUCAUCAACAUGCACAACGUGAAACUGUUCCUGUUCCAGCUGCUCCGUGGCCUGGCCUACUGCCACCGGCAGAAGGUGCUACACCGAGACCUCAAGCCCCAGAACCUGCUCAUCAAUGAGAGAGGAGAGCUCAAGCUGGCCGACUUUGGCCUGGCCCGGGCCAAGUCAAUUCCAACGAAGACCUACUCCAAUGAGGUGGUAACACUGUGGUACCGGCCCCCCGACAUCCUGCUCGGGUCCACAGACUACUCCACUCAGAUUGACAUGUGGGGUGUGGGCUGCAUCUUCUAUGAGAUGGCCACAGGCCGGCCCCUCUUCCCGGGCUCCACGGUGGAGGAACAGCUGCACUUCAUCUUCCGCAUCUUGGGAACCCCAACUGAGGAGACAUGGCCGGGCAUCCUGUCCAAUGAAGAGUUCAAGACAUACAACUACCCCAAGUACCGAGCCGAGGCCCUUUUGAGCCAUGCGCCCCGACUUGACAGCGACGGGGCUGACCUCCUCACCAAGCUGCUGCAGUUUGAAGGUCGCAAUCGGAUCUCCGCAGAAGAUGCCAUGAAACAUCCAUUCUUCCUCAGUCUGGGGGAACGGAUCCACAAACUUCCUGACACUACUUCCAUAUUUGCACUAAAGGAGAUCCAGCUACAAAAGGAGGCCAGCAUUCGGUCUUCGUCAAUGCCUGACUCAGGCAGGCCAGCUUUCCGAGUGGUGGACACCGAGUUCUAAGCCACAGACCGAGGCCCCAGCAGGCAGCAGCUGGAGGGAUGCCAUACCCCUCACAGGGCAGCCCCCAACUGCAUCAUCCUCCCUGCUUGCUGCCUGCCUACCUGCCUGACUCAUGCUCGCCUGCCCACAUGUCCCUUGCUGCCUGUCUGAACACCCGACCAUUGGCCUGUCGGCCCACCCAUUGGCCUGUCUGCUGGGUGCUAACAAAGUUCUCAUCGCUCCUUC